AUGCCGAAAAUCAUCGACUACUCUCCUCCCUGGCUUUCCAGACCCUCUCCCGGAUCCAGCUUUUUUUUAAGCUCAGGAUCAGAGCCUUCCUUACACUCAAGCCCCAUUGCCAAAAGCAAGGCUGCCAACGACACGCGCCAUCAGCCUUACGUAGGACCCAAGAGGACUCAGGCGCGAAGAGGGACUGAGAUCUUCGCGGUCGUGGAUAACCAGAUUCGGUGGUCAGAUCUCUCUACGUUGAAGAACGAAUGGCAGGCUGAAGUGCGGCAGAAAAGAAAUGAGACGUCCCGGGGCCAGGAGAGCGAGAGGAGCUCACCCUUAGCGGAGGACGCGAACUUCCCAGGGCAAACUGCGGACAAGCAGCGGACGUCAUUUUAUAGAGUUCUUGCUAUACCAGUGUAUGGGCAGAUAACGCAACUAAUCACCUCUCCAAAUGGAAGCUUCCUCGCCAUCAUCACGCCUCAUACCGUCCAUAUCGCCGUCUUGCCAGAUCCCUCCCACCUCUCAGGUCCAGAUAACUCUCCACUGAGGCUUAAGACAUUCCAAUUAGGCCCUACAACACACGUUAUUCCUGAAUCUCCCGUGAUAACUGCCCUGUGGCACCCGUUGGGGAUAUGCGACAAUCAAGGCGGAUGCCUCAUCACAGUUACUCAAGAUGCAGCAGUCCGUGUAUGGGAGAUUGAUAGGAAUAACCAUUGGUCAUUUGACAGGCCAACAAUUGCUGUUGAUCUGAAAAAGCUGGUGGAUGGGACAUCCAUAGAAGAGGACUUUGCGCCCUCUGGAUUUGGUCACAACAAGGGCUUCUCUGCGGAUUUAUUUGAUAUGGAGGUUGCAUCGGCUUGUUUUGGUGGCCAUGGCUACGAGGACGAAGAUGCAUGGGCUCCAAUGACGCUGUGGGUUGCCAUGCGGCCAGGGGAUGUCUAUGCGUUGUGUCCACUACUGCCCUCAAAGUGGCAAGUUCCUUCUGUUGCUAUUCCAUCCUUGACGUCGUCUAUUGUUCAUAGACUGACAAGCUUUCAAAAUGAUCCAUCUGAAUCUAAGGAGUAUAUAGCUGUCCAACAGCAAUAUGAAUGGCUUCAAGAAAUUGACAACCAAGAGCCUCUGCCGCUCCCUGAAGAUUUUGGGAUUUCAUCAAUGUCUGAGAUUCGUUCUCGUCCAGCGAACUUCAGUGCCAUCCCACGAUUGCAAGGGCCGUUUCAUUUUGAACUUGGUGAUGAUCUAGAUGAGCUAAAUCUCACGGAUAUUUUGGUUAUUGCAGCAAAGACGGACGUCGAAGAUUUGAUGUCCGGGGAAGAGGGCUAUGAAGCAGAGAAGACUCCUCAUGAGGGUGUGUCAGCAACAGUGAUAUGCCUUGCCACUGCCACAGGUAGGGUCCAUAUUUGCCUUGAGUUGGAUGGAGUGGAAGGUCAAUGGCUUCCCAAAACACACAAAGGGACAUUUACCACUCCAGUGUCCUAUCCACAAGAGCUAUUAUUAUUAGAGUCCUUGGAGACAGUUAAGGAGAAGUACCAAAAUCCAAAGUCCUGGCCACUGUUUACCGAAGAUGCCCACUCUCGGUAUAACUUCUUUAUUACUUCUGCGAACAAUGUUACUUUUCUCUCUUUGUCCUCUUGGGCCGAGAGACUCGAAGCAGAAUUUCAGUCAACCGACCCCGCCGGCUCUGAAUUCCGCAUCAAGGUUCUUUGCGACGGAUCGAUGACACUACGAGAACAAAUAAUCCAAGUGACCGACCAGGAAUCCCUGGUUACUCCUUCAUCCGAUCCCGAACAUCUCCCAAACUGCCUAGUCCUCUACGACUAUGACCUAGGCUACCUAUUACUAGCACACACCACUUCACGCAUUCACGCCGUGGUCCUCGAUUCACCAUUCUACUCCGAUUUCCCAUUAGCGAACGAACUACCCCCCUUAGAAACAGAUUCCUCCCAGCAGCCAUUGCUCAUCCCCCACCGUCGCAUCGCCUACCAGCCACCAUCUAUCUUUUACACCCCAUCUCCCCUUGCCUCCUUUAUCGAAAAACACGUCGCGCACGGCCACAGACACACUCUCAAAGAGCCAGUUCGACUCUCCCCAUCGACGCUGGACCUCAUUACCGCCGCACACAGAGUUCUCAGCGCUCAUACCAGUUCCCUGGAGCGAGCUGCGUCGGAUCUUUUUCGCCGUUGCGAGCGGUUACAAGGUGAGAUGCAAGACCAAUUAAGCCAACUCGCGGAAAUUGCGGACAGGAUCAAUAAUAUAUCCAAUGGCAUUGGUCACGGUCAGAAUGAAAGUCAAGGUCAAGAUCAAAGCCACAUCGAGAAAACCCUUGAGCGAAAUGAGCAGCCUCUAAGUUUCAGGAUGGCUGCGGCAGAAUCUAGACAGAAGCAGCUGGUGGAACGGUAUAAUAGUAUUCGGAGCAAGUUGGCGAAGUCGGGCGGCAGGCCGAUGGGUGAUAAGGAAAAGGGGUGGAUUGACGAGGUUGAUAGGCUUUCUGUUUUCCUCGGUGAGAAAGAGGGAGACGGAGAGGGAGAUGGGGAUACGGAGAGGGUUGGUGAAUUGGCCCAUAGGAUGCAAAUUGCCCAAUCCCUCGCCAGAAAUCUGCUUGCAGAGGUAUCCCGUAUCACGGAAGAAACAGCAUCAUCAACGCCCCACGCACCCUCAACACCAGGUCCCCCUAUCAGUCAUCACCCCAAGAUCCCGCAGCGUCUUCAACGUGCUAAAAUCGUUGAUGCAAUGAACAUGGUUGAACGAGAAUCUGCCGUCAUCGAUGCGAUUACGGCGAGAUUGGAUCGGCUUACCAUGAGCAUUAAUGGGAUCGACUAG